ACAAUUGACCUGUUAAACCACUUGAACGGUUAUUGUUUAUUUAGGAUAAAUGUUAAUGUUUUUGAAGUACAAUAAGUACUCUAUGACAAUGAAUAUAAAUAUUAUUUAUUUCCUGAAUGUUAUAUUACGAACGUGGUUUCUAUGGGUCAGAGAUAUGUAAUGAAAUAAGAAUUGUAGAGAAAAGAAAAAUAGACAAUGGCGAUACUAAAGUGGCGUGUGUUUAGUUAGGAUGAGUAUAAAUUAACUUUCGUGUUUCUAAUUUUGUCUUACACGUUGUUGAAGUACACACGACAUGUGCAUAAAUAUACUCGAUUGGCUUACUUUUUCUUGCGAUAUUUGUGUUUUUGAAGCAAAGCUUUCCAACAUCCAAGAAAAAAUUGGAGCUUUAUAUCCUCUCACGAAAAACUGACAAACGAUACCGAUUUGGUUCAAGUGUCGAGAUGAAAAUUUUAAAUUAAAUACUCAUGGCUUGUAAAAUAUGUUUUCUAAAAUGUGUAUGAGUUAUUUUGAUGAUAGUUUAGGAUGUUACUUGCCGAUAAAAGUAGUUGGAUGAAGGAAACUGUAAGGUUAAGUGCAGAUUUAAAGUGGAUUUUCGGUCCAGUUACUGCGAGGAGACAAAAAUGAGAAGUGCAAUGCUCGAGAAGUAACUAUGGAAAUAAGUACCUAAUAGCGGGAAUCGCAUUUGAACUGUCACGACGGUUUUUCAAGAUCCUGCCUUGGAAUUAAAAGAAAGGUUAAUGCAUGAUAAAGGGAUGGUAAAGUAAGGACAUGAGCCAAAACAUUGCAGGGAUGGCGCCCUUUGUCAGUAUGCCAAGGGGAAGAAAUCACAUGUAUUUCCAAGGGCCAGGAGGUGAUGCACAACACUUACAACGGGGCCCAUGCUUUCAUGAUGAUCGUAGUGAUAAACUCCUUGGGAGUUCCUGUGGGAUGCCGCUGGGUGGCAUGGUCACCGAGUUCAAGCCACCCAUCGCUGCCAUGCCGGACCCUCCUCCCCCCACCAAGAAGAAACGGAGGACGUCGAACGCAGCCACGGCCCCUGCCCCGCCUCCGCCCCCCAUGCAGGACCUGCUGCCCCCUCCUCUCACCGGUUAUGGCGACACGAUUGUAGCGUCAAACCCAUUUGACGAUUCACCUCCACAAGUUUCAAUGAGCCAUGCGCAUCACAUGCACUUGAAUCACCAUCACCACCACCAUCACCACCAUCACCAUGCACACCACAUGGGUGGCAUGAGCCCUCUGGGGGGCAUGGGUGGUCCUUCUGGGCCCCUAGGCCCCAUGGGAGGCCCAGCCGGCCCCAUGGGUGCUCCAUCUGGUCCCAUGAAUGCCUUAGGCGGCCCAACGAACUCUCUGAAUGCCAUGGGAGGGCCGCCCGUGUCUCUGAACUCUAUGGGAGGUCCACCUGGUUCGAUGAACACCAUGGGUGGGUCAUCCAUGAACAACAUCCCACCCAUGGGAAGUCCUAUGAACAGCUGUCCUCCGAUGGGCAGUCCCAUGGGUGGGCACAUGAACUCUGGAGGACCGAUGGGAAGUCCCAUGAACAACAUGGGUGGGUCGAUGAUGAACAGCGGGCCUAUGGGAAGUCCCAUGAGCGGUGGUGGUCCGAUGGGUAGCCCGAUGGGGGGACCACCCAUAAGCAGUCACCUCAACAAUGGACCUUUGGGAGGACCAUUGAACACGAUGGGUGGUGGAAGUCCCAUGAACAACAGUCCAAUGGCAAGCAUGUGUGGCGGCUCCGGUCCGAUGGGCAGCCCACAUGCGCACAUGGGCAUGGGUUCGAUGGGGGCGAUGAGCCCUAUGAAUCAUCAUUCGCCUCACUCGCACCACAGCAUGGGCAGCAUGGGUUCGAUGGGCCACAGCCCAGGGCCCAGCAUGCAUCAUAUGGUAAUGCACGGCCCCCCGCAUGGGUUUCCUGGACCAGGCAUGGGUCCAAAACCAAUGCCCGUGACAGCUGGCAAGGUUUACCCCCCGGACCAGCCAAUGGUGUUCAACCCUCAGAAUCCCAACGCCCCCCCGAUAUACCCGUGCGGUACGUGUCACAAAGAAGUUCACGAUAAUGACCAGGCCAUCUUGUGUGAGUCUGGCUGCAACUUCUGGUUCCACAGGGUGUGCACUGGCCUGACUGAAGGGGCGUACCAGCUGCUGACAGCGGAGGUGUACGCAGAGUGGGUGUGCGACAAGUGUUUAUCUUCCAAGAACAUCCCGCUGGUCAAGUUCAAGCCAUAGUGCGUGAGUGCGGGAACCGUGGAACAGUGCGGGAACCGUCGGACAACUUUCGUCGAGUUAAUCUGCAUCGUCUGCCUCGUCGUGUGUGCGUGUGUGUGUGUGUGUGCGCGUGUGUGUGUGUAGAUAGUAACAAGUUAAGAAUAUGAUUUACAAAUGUUUCAUAAAAUAAGGUGGAAAAAAAUUUCAACUAAAAAAAAAUGUUUCUUCUUUAUAUUCUCAACUUCUGACAUGUAUUCCUACACAAAUAUUGAAAUACUUUGUACUGUUACUUUCAUUAACUCGUUUUUAUACACAUUUGUUUUCAAGUAUGUGUUGACUUUUGUUUCUCCUGCAACUUUAUGGGUGUGUGUUAUGGCAGAGAAGGUUGUUAAUGCAAACUUGCUCUCAACUUUACAUAAUGCUUUUAAAUUUUUUAAUUUAAAUCAUUGUGCUCUAAUAAGAAGUUUUGUCACUUGUACCAAAAGUUAAAUUUAAUAUUUAAGGAGAGUGUUUGUACAGUCAGUUUUUUUAACUAUAAAAUAACACCAUUGUUAAGUCAUUGAAAAGUAAAAUUUAACUAAGCAGGUGUGUAUUACCUAAAUUUCAUUUUCAUUUUUAAUUUCUAGAACAAAACAUUAUUAAAUUUGGGCUUCAGUCACAGGUACGUACUAUAAAAAUAAAUAUAAACUAAUAUGUGAUGACAGAGUAAAAAAAUUCUAUUCAAGUGGUAAAGAUUGUUACACAGCAAUAAAUACUAUAGUUAACAAAUUGACUACAGUAUUCUUUGUUAUAAAUAAAACCACACCAUCCUAAUUUACGGACCAUUUAUUUGUUCACUUAUAAUGUCUCAUCUCUUUAGUCUUCCUUCAAAGACCUUGUAUGAAUGAAUGACUCUUUGGCAUGGCGUCAUUAUCGCUUGUGCCAUUUUUCUUCUGUGUUUUGGGAAACGGUGAUGAGAUUUUACUGCAAUUGUGAACAUACUUGCCAGCCAUUGAUGUCAUUCUAUUGUUGCAGUACACUUUAGUUGAGAGCAAGGUUCGACCACAGCUAGUCAAGUUUCCUUAACAUUCUUUUGAUUUUUUUUUUACACAAUUCACAGUACUGCUGUAUGCGAUGGACAUAAUUUUUGCAAAGCAGUUAGAGAUAGUACCUGGUGAGAUGAAAUGUUGAAAUUAAGCUUUGUGUUAUGGAUAUUAGAGUGAGUUGAUCAUGAUUUAUUACUAUUAUAUUAAUUUUUAACUUAGAUAAUGAAAUGAUACUAUUUUUAUGUAGAAGUGUUUGUUUUUGAAAACUUAAAAUUGCAAAGAAAGUGUUUUAGUUGUUUUAUGAUUUCAACCGUUUAUGUGAAUUUCUAUUUUGUUUAGAUAAAUUGAGCAUAUGUGGUCUACUUCUGUUUUGGUGGAGCUGAAGAAAUCUUUGCAUCUUGAAGUUUGGCAACUGCAGAUACAUAACAGCAAAUUAAUUGUGAAUAAUUUAAUAAUCAUUGUUUUGGGCUUUAAUCAGUACAUUUUGCUGCAGUUUUCUUAACUUCAAAUAUAUUCUGGUUUAUAGUAAUAAAAUACAAUGGAAUCAUGAUAAAACACUCACACAUAGUUACAUUAGCUUAUCCAAUUAAUUGAAGAGUGAUUUAGUUGAGAUCAGCUGAAGUGCACAUGCAGUCAGGUCUGAAGCUUAUUUUUGACUCUCAAAAGAUCUGGUGAAAACGACCAUUUUUUGGUUUUGGUUACUACAACAACUUUUUUACGACAGUUUCUCUUUUUGUUAUAGAUGACAUGAAACUGUAAUACAUUUAGCUGAAAUUUAUAAAAACACCUUUAGGUUCAAAUUUGGAAGUACACAUGUAUUUUUUAUUGUGUGAGAAUAGGUGUUAACAAAUCUUAGUUUAAACUAAGAUUAGGUAUUUACGCGUCUCUUAUUAUGCGGUAGCCAAACACUCCCUCAUUGGUUUUAUGUCAUAACUCUAAUAUGACUGCUUGUUCUAUUGUAAACUGUGGGCUACAGUGGGCAGAAUUUGCAGAACUGAAAGAUAAAGAAGUUGGCAAAAGAUUGAUCUGACGAGAUAUUAGAUUAUUAUAAUUUCCCGUCAGUUGGAGCUGAAAAGGUCUUAUAUUUAAAAAGUAUCAUUAUGUAGCUAACAUCACUCGUGAUCUCAAAAAUUAAGGUACUUGAGAUAAACAAGUAAUCAUUAUGUGCAUAUAAUCUAAGUAGGUAUGUUAUUUAAUUCAAAACUGAUUGCACUCCUUUAACCAUCCGGUCAGUAACUGGGUACCCAGUUAUCAAUUUCAGUUUCCAAGGUAGAAUUUAUCAAUUUCCCCUUAAAAAAAUUUAUGGCCGCCCGGAUCCCCAAAAUUGAAGUAGUUUUACAUCAAUUUUUCGUCUAAAUUUUUUGAUUUCAAUCAUUCAAUAAAGGUUAUUACUUAUCAAACUUGACACAUCCUCUGUUCAAUUACCGUGUACCUGGAUACUCACUAAGGUCAUUAUGUGCGAAAGCCGGGUUUAUACACACUAAAGAGACCGUUUUAUCACAGUAUUUAUGUAACUUGGCGUUUGAAUAAAUAAUCAACAAUAUCGUUUUUGAAUUUCCUUCAUUUAAACAAUUUUUAUUAUAAACGAUAGUAAAUAUAGUAGGUAAAAAACAUUUUUUUCUUUUUCAUUUUGGUUAUUUUUUCUUUUUGUUUAUAAUAACACAGUGCCAUAUAAAAAAAACAAGUAAAUUCAAUCAUUUCACACACUCCUCACAUGUCGUGGUUGUGGUCCAAUGUUCAUCACAAAUAGGGAACGCACAUACCAAACAUGAUUUUCAAGUUUUGCUGCGUUUUUUGAAUUCGUUCUGGAGACAAACAUGUCAUACACCAGUAAUCUUUUUCCUUCUGGUUGAAUUGAGCUGUGCCUUGGGUUUCGAAGAAUCAGAUGCUGUUGGCUGUGCAUAUGGAUUUAUAGCUGGACCUAAAAAACUUUCAAUCGCCACUUUCGUUGUGAAAUGCCUCAUGAUUUGUGCAUUAUGUGAACAAUUUUUGACGAAUGGAGUAGACAGCUCUCUGCCUAGUUGCCGAUAAAAUAAUCGUCGUUCAUAAGAUUUAUUCGAAAGCACUUUAGUAUUCUCAUAAUAAAGAAUCUGUGCCGCAAGGCAGGCGAUAUCGAGAAUAUUGUAGAAAAAUGCUAGAUGCCACCUUUGAGUUGAUCUUUUUGUAGUAUAUCUACCAAGCAUUUUAUCCAUUGUGUCCACUCCAGCUUUUGACCAGUUGUAAAAUUCAAUAAUUUCCGGUUUUCUCUGUGCACCAUCACCAAUCUUUGUUUCCUGGUGCAUUGAUGAUAGCAUAAUCCAGGGAUGCCACCACUUUGAAAACAAUAUCCUUGAUUGAAAUGUGAAAUAUCCUGUAAUAUCCUUGUUUUGAAUAUAAAAUAUCCUGUAAAAUCCUGUACAUUAAAAAAUACAAAAAAAAAAAUGCAAUUUUUAUGAAAAUUACUCGAUCAUAAUGUAAGCAACUAUACUUCAAUCAAAACAAUUCAAUUUUUAACACUUUAUACAAGUAUUUACACACACACACACACACACACACACACGUAGCCUACACUUCACCACUGGCAGUAUUUAAAUAUCACUUUCAGAUGUUUUGCCCUAUUCCUCAUUUCUUUUGUUGGCUGGAAUUCUACCAUAUUCUUCCUAGAAGAGAUAUACAACAAAGCAUUUAGCAUUGGUGAUAAAAGACAUGUCCUGUGCGCUGUCUUGAUAAGGUUGAGCUUACUAAAUAUCCUUUCCACCCCUGCAUUGUUGUGUGGAAGAAUAAGCAUUGCCUUUGCAAGUUUACAAAGCAGUGGAAAACAUGUUUUCCCAUUAAUUUCAUACUGUGACACUUUAUGCCAGGCCUGCCACCAAAUUAGGUUCCUAAAUCCUCUUUACAGCAUUUAAAAAUCCUGUAAAAUUUAUAGCCGUAAUUGACUUAAUUUAUUUUUCGCAGUAAUUUUAAAUAUACAUUGCAUUCCAAAACAUAAUUUAAAAAAAAAUCAAAUGAAUGUAAAAAUUUUUUAAGAUUUGCCACUUAUAUUACAAAACUAAUAUUUGGUAUCACAAUAAAAUGAAAAGUAAUAUAAAAAUUUCUCUUCAGUAUAGGCUUUGGUGCUAUUCUUAUUUACAAACUAUAAAUACAUCCAUACAACUGAAGUUAUUUACAAGUUUAAAAAAACAAAUGUAUUUCACAUCAUUAACUAGCUACUUUUUCAUGUUCUGUGCUCUUUUCCGCAUCUCGUCAGUGAGCUUGAAGUUCUCAUUCUGCAAUGCAACAGCGCAUUUAACAUUGGUGAUUCCAUUGACAGUCUGUGAACAGUUUUAACCAUCUUGAGAUUGCUGAAAACCCUUUCCACAGCAGAUUUUCUCCAGUUGCAGCACCACUCAAAGCCAUUACUUUGUACAGAUGAGUUUCAACAAUCUUAGAUGGAAAGAACCUUGCUAACACUACAACCUGCCUAGUGACUGUAACUUCAGUUGAUUCAUCAAUCAUCAGUGUGAAAAAUUGUGUUUUCAUUGCAUAGGUAACAUAAUCUGCAGCUGAUGUACCCAAAGAUUGAAUAAUUAUCUGGCUAGUUUUAGUGCGAGAACAAUGAAAGUUUCUUGCGAUUUCACUAUUUGGAAACAUUUGCGGGACAAGUUUCGUGAAAUUAUCACUGAGUUUCACAGAUAAAUUGUUUUCACCAACGAAGUUCGCCCAUAACAGUUCCACAUCAAUUAUUUUGUUUGGUUUGGUUACAAAACUCGUCAAAGAACAACUCUGAUCAGCAGCUCGUUGGUUUUUCGCAUGAACUUGCCUCUUCAAGCCGCCCUUUGUCAUGUUCAGUUCCGAGUUGCAAGUCGAACAAACGGCGGAAAAUUCCGCUUUGCCACGCCUUAACCAUUUCAAUUCUUGCUCCCAUUAUUUACGAUAACGCUGUUUAUAAAGUGACCUGUCCGGCAAAACCUUUCGUUUUUUUUUCCAUCACAAUCAGCUAAGACUAAAACUACUACUUAAAUCGCGUAAGAAGUUUGUAAACAAAUGCCGCACCUAAAACAUUGUAAUGGCAAAAAAUACCAAUGUUUACUGACGCCAUGACACUUCUUAGCGUUUAACUCAAGAAACAAAAAACAUUUCCCCCAAAACCAUAGAUAUUGUACUUCAUGAAACAAUAUGUGGGAGUAUAUGUUUUUGGUUUGGUUAAAUGAUUGGAAGUUCCAUGGCGCUACACCUAAUGUGAAUGUUUACUUUACUGUUGGAUGCUUGAAUGGUUUGACAACAAAGUAGGUAGUUGAAUGUAAAUAUUUACACGAACGAAAUUCAAAUAUGAAAAUAUCGGCGAAGCGUCUUAAAUAUCCGUGAAUGUCGCCGUUUAUCCGUUAGUCCGUUUUAAGCUUCAAAUAUCCGUGAAAACAGAUAAAAUCCGUAAAAACGGCAGGCCUGGCAUAAUCACUAAGUUACCUUUUUUUUUGGGCACAUAACUGCAUAAAGUUACUUUUUCAUGAAAGCCAAAUACAGUGGCUAAUUCUUCUUGUGUUUUCAAUACAGCCAUUGCUGGUGGAUAUAUGCCUUAUUCUUCAUUUUAUUCCAACAAUUUUAUGCCAACAAUUGUUAAAUCCUAGGAUAUUAAAAAUUUUGUAAAUGGUAGAGUAGUGAAAUAAUUAUCCAUUGUAAUGUUUCUACCGGAUCCUUUGUACGGUGCCAUUAAGUCUUUUGACAACUCUCUCACCAACGUUUUUCUCACGACCAGCACUAAAUUUUCCAAUGUAAAUCUGUCCAGAGAGUGGAUACAAAUAUUCAGCAUCACAUAUCCACCAUACUUUGAUCCCAUAGUUGGUAGUUUUUAUGGAAUAUACUGAGUGAAUUUAGUUCGACCCCUGUAUUGGUAAAGUUAAUCUUCAAUUGUCAGGUGCUCUGUUGGCUUAUAUUGUUUUUUCUAAAUUAUUAUUGAGCAUUGUCCAAAUGUCUUGUAUUGGAGCAGCUUUAUCACUCUCCAUAUGCUAAGCAUGAGUUUUGGCAUCAUCAAAUAGAAUAAAACAAAUUAUGUUCCAGAAGCGAGUUGAUGCCCAUUGCUGCACAAUACAAUGGAUAUGAGUACAACUGCCACAUAUCUUUUGUAUUGUCAGUAUUCGAGUUGUUGGUGACAGAGGUUAUCAAAAUAGCUAGGAAUACAUAGAAUUUCUGAAGCUCAAGAUUUUUUCACACUAAUUGUUUUUUCUCUGGAUUUUUUUCAUUAUAUGCUGCAUAUGUUGAGAUUUUUUUUAUUUGUAUGACACAUAAUGAUAUCAGCCAUUUAUAGAGUGAAAAAUAGUUUAAACGUGUCGAGAUUUGACCGUAUGCUGGUGUUCCUAUUAGGUCCUUAUUUCUGUCGCACAAUAUUAUGCCUUCCAACUUGAUGUUCAUUUGUUGGUGUCUCAGCACACUGAGUACCAUCUUUUGCUGUCAUUUCUGAACCACUAACUGUAGUUUCUAUUUCACUUUCUUCAUCUUCAUUAUCUUCGUUGAGUGCAUUUACAUCAACUUCUUCUAAAAAUAUACACAAUAUAUAAUACAUAAUAGAUCAUAAUUAUUCUCGUACACAAUAGAAAAAAAUUCAUCGUCGUCACUAUCCGACGCGUUGUCAUCAGAUUCUUUUGCUUCAAAUAAUUCAUCUAAAUGGUUUUUUCUUUGAGUUCGCGUGAUUCUAUUGGUGCACCGAUGCGGAUACCGAUGAAUCGUAAUGGGCGAUUAUGGGUACUUACCAAUUAAUCGUAAUCGGCGAUUAUCUUAACGAUUACUUUGCCGAUUAUCUACGUUCCGGCGUAAUUAAGUAGGUUUUUACCGUGUAAUAUUUUGUUACACAUUUUAGGACAAAAUACGGUAAUAUUUGUAUAUAUUACAAAAUUCAUCUAACUCCGUCAUAUCAAGAUUACAGAUAUUUCGUUAAGUUUAAUAAAUCUCUUUGCCUCGAACAAUAAAAAAUACAUUUUUCCUACACGUUUAUUUACGUUUCGUCUUUUGUUUAGUGGCCUUGUAAAUUACCUAUAGCCAGAGACGUAAAAUAGAUGGCACGCAAUCAAAAUACCACAAGCAGUUGCAGUGGAUUCUAUGAGAAUCGAUCUUUACGAGUCGUAGUAGCGGUUCAAAAUCGUGGUCUCGAUACCUUUCAGAGUUUAUCACUGCGUUUUACAAACUCGUUAUGGGCGUCUUUGGUAACAUUAUCCGUUGUGUUAUUUGUAUGUGACGUGAAAAGUGAAAAAGUAUUUAUAAUUUUAUACAUUCAGUCAACAUUAAUAAAAUCACAUGUGCUAGAAUUGGUUUUGAGUCAUUUUUAUAUAAUUAUAGUGAGAUGGCGACUAGGGAGAAAAAAAGUGAAGUGUGGAAACAUUUUUCUAUAAACUCAAGUGAAAAAAAAAAAGAAACAUGCUUACAUUGUUAAACGGUAAUUUCUCGAUGCAACCUUAUAUGAUAGUCGAUAAUAAUGCUAGUUUUCCGCAACAAAAACUUACCCACUGUAAAUUACAAUUAUUAGACUAAUUCAAGUUGUUUACAAUAACAAAUAUACGUAAAUAGAAGUUAAUUUAAUUUACACUUUGCAAUGACUUAAUAGUGUAUUUUAUAUAUUUUUAUACUGUUAUUAUAACUGUAUUCUCAAUUUUACCUAAUCUUGUUAUUAAAUUCACAUGGGAAUAAAAAUUUUUGUGUGCAUUAUUACACUUAAUAAAAUUUGUUCAUUAUAAUCGGUAACUGAAUCGGUAUCUGCCGAUUAUUGCUCUCAUAAUCGGUAAUCGAAUCGGUAAUCGGUAAAGUCAUAUCGGUGCACCACUACGUGAUUCUAUUGGAAAAAGUUUUCAGUUUAUUAUUUACUAGUUUUUAAAAUAAUGAAUAUAUAAAAUAAUAUAUUCCAAAAUAAAAAAAGGAAAUCCCUUCUUACCGCCAAUCACUUGAUGAAUCAUCUAUCUUAUUUAUAUUCAGUAUGAUUUUUAAUUAUAACAUUAAUAAUUUUUAAUUAUUUUUUCUCACUUUCGCAAUAAAUUUUGUACGUUAUAAUUUAAUUUUUCUCACUACGUUUAGAAAACUAACUUUAGCAUCUGCUCGGCUCCAACACGACCUUACGAUUGAUAAUCGUUUUUCUUCUUCUUUGUUGUUCGUAGUGAGGGGGAGGGGACCACGCAACUGCAGUAGGCAGGUACCUGAGCACCCAAAAACUGUUGGGGUUCGCUAUAAUUAUUUCACAUUCCACGAAGCCAGCUGACUAACCGCUCAGCCAUGUGGCGCGCAGUAGGUGGGUACCCGGGUACCCGGGUACCCGGUCGUUGAACGAAUGGUGAAAGUUUGGUUACUGACCGGACGGUUUACUAUCUGAUCUUCCCAUCUCCUCUUUGGUCUUCUUUGGGGUCUUCUUCCUGUUUAAUUCAAUGCCAUCAUUUUCCUAGGCAGCCUCUCUUUUUCCAUUCUCUGGACAUGGCCAUACCAUCUCAUUCUCGCUUUUUCAAUGAUGUUACUCAAGUCAUUUACUCCUGCUCUUGCUUGCACUAUCUCAUUCCUGAUCCUGUCUCGCCUCGUAACUGACAACAUAAUCCUCAUAAACUUCAUUCCUAUUGCUCUAAUUUUCCCAACAUCUCUCUUAGGGAUCGUCCAUUAACCACGUGAGGCUCGCAAGGGAGGGAGGGGGUCGGGAAAAAUCACGAAAUAUCACAAGGGGGGAGGGGGGGGGAUGUAGAGAGAUAUCACGUGUAUUUAUUUUUUCGCUCGAUUUCUACUAAACCGAAAAGCGAUGCGUGACCUUGACUCGCCGUAGCCCGGCAACAAUAUCCCCGCCCGCCGCAACAUGAACCACCCGGCUCGGCUUGCCAGUCACCAGUAAGACUGUGAUUUUGGUGCCGAAUACAUGCGUAAAUCACAUGAAAGCCUUUUCUUUAUUAUUUUUAUGCCAGUGAGAAUAAACCUGCAACCUUAAUGUGUGUCUGGACAUUUUUAUCACUGUGCUUAAUUUUCCAGAAUUAAAUGCAGCAAAAUUUCUGUCCAUUUGAGGGAAAUGUGUUUUUCUGGGAUCAAAGGAUCAGUUUCAUCUUCACUUUCAACUGCUUCCUUUGACAUGUUUGACUCUUAUCUUGUGACCAGGUUCCCUGCAAUCAACUUGAUACCAUUCUGAAAUUGCAUCACUUUCCUAAUUUUCCUUCUUGAUGAAUUUUUUAAUAUCAUUUUAUUGUUUACUAAAGAAAAUUCUUCAAAACUAACACAUUUUUCAACCUCAAUAUGUGUAUGUAUUAAUUUUUUCUAAGCAUUGUUGGCUUUAUCAUGUUCCAUGCUUUGGACACGUUGUAAAUAGCAUCCAGUACUGUCAGCUUCUGGCAGAAAGUUUUCAAAUCCGAGCACUUGUGUGUAUGACAUUUUCACUGUUGCUAUUACUUCUUUAUCCAUGUGCUGGAUUAUUGCUGUGACUUUGGCUGCAAAUAUUUAACAAACGUUUUUCCAUCUGCAGAUUUGAGCUCAUCUGCACUGGGAUGAGGCAGUGCAUUGUGAUCAAUCAACAGUACAGCUUUUUCAGGCGUUCUUCGAAAGCUCCUGUACCUGUGACACGAAUUGAUGAUCAAACAACGUUUUAAAAAUUUACCUAACUAUUCAUGCACUUUUUUGGUUAAAAUAAGUUACCGGCAAGUUGGUUUUCUCUGUGCCUUUGAAAGAACUUGGUUUUGCUUUCCCUAUAACAUACAGCUUGCCUUUCUGUGAACUGGCUGCAUUUGGACAGCAUACCGCUGUGAACCUUUCAUUUCUUGAGUUAUGAUGUUGUGCACUGUGUCUUAGUGGAGUUUUCCUUGGAAACAAAUUCGGAGAAAUGCUUAAAAAAUUUGAUGGCUACUUCAUCUUCACCACUUAAUUUUUCACCUUGUAGGGCGAUUUCACAUAUACAGUGUUUGAAUUAUGUUAACCAGCCCUCGAUACCUAAUGCUGUAAAAAAAAAAUGCUGUGCUUGUUUCACACACUCAGUGCCGGACGCGUGCGUUCUCUCCACUCGUUUCUGUUUGAACCAUUUCAACAUCGUCUGUGCAGCUCAUCGUAGGUUGAUGUUUCAUUGUUUUUCUUUUACAUAAAUCACUUUUUGAAUCAGCAUUGUUUGCAUAAUUAAUCAGCUUUGUUUUAUUGCUCCUUAUGUCAGAGAUUUUUUUUACCCACUCUAUAAUUGUUACAAAGUUAUUUUGGUGAACAGCAUUCCUCAAGCUUACUUACCCUCUUUUAUGUAUUGCAUAAUCGUCGCACUCGUGUUUGGGUGUCAAAAUUUGGAUAAAAAAAUACCUCUCGUGUAAACGUCGCAUGAUGUUUAUGGUUCCGCUAUUAGAUUCCAAGCGCUUUGUGAGGGUUUUUUUUCCGUAUAAAACGAUGUAUUUUAAAAUAGAAAUCUAAUAUUUAUUCGGACAUUACCUCUUACUUAUUUAAUUAAUGGAAAUACGUAGUUGUCUAAUGUGUAAAUUUUCUUUAAAACCGUUUUUAAUCAUUAUAACGUUCACGCCUCGGUGUACCACUUACUAAAAUGUAGCCAGCGCUCGUUGCAAUCAUUAAAAUUUGGUUAUGUUGCUUCCUGUAUAGAGCGCGCACAUGUAGCCCAAUAUCGAUAUCUCGCCGUUGCAUGCAACGCGCGCUCUCUGUUAGGUUAUGUUACUUCCCGUAUAGAGCACGCACACGUAGCCGAAUAUUGAUAUCUCGCCGAGUUCAUGCAGCGCGCGCGCUCUGUCAAGUGCCCAGUUAACUACAACUGAUAGCCCGCACUCUUUUGUGGUGUGUAUACGGCGAUAGUUACGCGUUCGUUCGGCUUGCAUUUGGAUCACAGGUUUUAGUUUUCUAUUUGAAGUUGAAAUGUUUUUGUUGCAUGACUUAUUAAUUUAAAUUGUUUGGCGUGCUCUUUUAUACUUCACGUUUUAAAUAAAAGUAUUUUCCAUGAAUUGGUUUUGUUUUUAUGAAUAACUUUAUCUAACAAAAAAAUUUUUACCGCAUAAUCGUCAAACCCCUACUUUUCAAACUUGAUUUUAGAAUAAAAAGUGCGACGAUUAUGCGAGAAAACAUGGUAUUUUGUCCAGUUUUUGCUAGAUUACGUUUCCCUGCCACGUUCAUACUACACCACAAUCGCCAUGCUGAAAAAUCACAUUACAACAGGAUAGGCAGGGGCUGCAGCACUGACAGGCUGGCUGCCUGGCCCUGCCAAGUCGUGUCGUAUCAGUGCACAGAAAUGUUUUUCUUAUCGGUAUUUGUGACCUAAGACUAAAAAUUUUUUUUACUUUAAUGAAUACAUAUUAAAAAAUGUAUAUUUUAAUAGGUGCUGCAGUUAAUCUGCAAUACAGAUAACCUGCCCGCAGAUAAUCAGGAGUUGACUGUAUUUGUGGAAUUUGUUACAGUACAUCUUUUGGUAUCUCUUGGAGUAGUUGUUUUUUUGUUACUUCAAAAACUCAUAGCUUUGUUUUAAAAAUGCUUUCUCAAGCUUGCUUCAAGCCUAUGUGAACAAAUACAAUGAGCGAGCUCGCACCUAUGUUACAACAUCGUGUGGGGGUCAGGCAUAAGUGCAUGUUUCAACAAUCAGUUUUAAAACAUCUUUUUUUUUUAUUUUCUUAUCAUUUACAAGUAUAUUUAGAAAUUUACUAUCUUAAACCUUGUGGGAGAUUUAGUGCUUAAAUAAUGUUUUAAAAACAAAUGAAUUGUAUAGGUUGCCCCUUCCCUUUGCUGUAAAUUAUUAGCGACGCACACUUUAGCACAAAACGUCUCAGUUCUGGAAACAUUUUACUUAUGUGUGAAUAGUCAGUACAUUAAUUUUUUUAGGCAGUGGAUUUUGUUUACACAUGUUAUAUCUGAAUUCUAAGUACAUUGGAUAUUGUAACAUCAGGAGUCUACUUUAUUAAGUAAUCAGGUGCCAUGCCAUUUUUUUUGGAACUUGUGUGAUUGAUAGUUACAUAUUUACUUCUUGACACAUGGGACAGUUUUGUUUGAUGUAUGACAAUUUUAUCCUGCCUGUUUUUGAUUCAAGUAUAUUUUACAUCUACUGCAAAAAUUUCAAUUUUCUUCUUCUUUUGCAUGAUUGCAUUGCUUGAAAAAUACAUAUUGGUUUAUCACUUUCACAUAGGGAAUGUAAGUUUGCAUUACUCUGGAAUCUGAGGCACUUUCUUCUAAACAAAAUUAUUUUAUAACAACACAUGUGACAAGUCACAAUCGUGCCUGGCUAAGACGACUGCUCCUUGCACAUACAUUAAUACUUGACAAUUUAUGAAAAGAAGCUUCAUGAUUAUUAAACUUUUGCAAAACGGUUACUGGUUGAAUUUAAAUAAAAAUGUGUGAAAUGAAUUUCGAUUUUUAUUCUUCUCUCGAUGACAUACUUAAUACAUGUUCUUUGCAAUGGAACGCUCUCUUUACUUUCACCUAUCUUUACUUACAGUCCUGUUGCCUUCACAAAAUAAUCUCCCUAGCAAUUCCGUAGUCUAGGUACGAAUAAACUUGGGGGAAACUACGGUAGACCAGCAGACCACCCAGGCCUGCGCCAUAUAUCUGGAGCCUAAUUUUUAGCUAAAAGUCCUAUGGACAAUAAAAAAAAAAAAAAAAACAUUGAAACAGCGAUAUGGCCACGAUACCCAGAUGUUAAAUUGUCAGCAUCAAUUCACAUUUACUCUUAUUUGUGAGCCUCCAUUCCCCGCACAUCCUUUCAACACAGUACAAAAAACUUACAUAAGUCCUUCAAGCAUUUCAUAGCUGGGGAUUUUCCCAGUAAACUGCCUUCCUAUUGCUGCAACAGUUAUUCUUCAACUACUAUUCAGUGAUUUCCUGGUCAGAAGUUCUCCCAUGAGUGUGAAAAAUAUCUCUGUCUCUCUGUAACACAGGGAGCAAUAAAUUAUUGUCUGUUACUUCGACACCAAGGUAUCAAGUAUCCAUCUUUCUUUUCUUUCUACUGAAACCACAGUCUCAUGUUCUAAAUAAGUCUUAAGUGCACCACAAAAAUAUUUGUAAAAUUAUACUAAAAAAUAAUGUCUAAAUGGAAUAAAAAAUUUAAAUUCACAGUUAUGUACAUACUAACCAUUAUCAAUUCUUCGAAAACCAGUAAAACUACAUACAGUUCACAGUCUUUUCUUAAUUAAAUAAUUUAGUGUUCAAAUCAGUUUCAAUAAUAUUCAGAAAAAUAAAAUACCAUUACGAUAAACUAGAACUUAGUUCCUGUGACGUUGGAUACACUCAUGAUUGGAGAAACAUCAUGACAUAAGAAUACUCUGCAAAGUGUGGGGAGGGCAGGGUCUGCAGUGUUUCACACUUUGCUGUUUCCCUAUUGUUUAGCUUACAAGCCAUUUUUAUAUAUAUGUUCAUUUGAAAUAGUAAUUAUACAGCCCGGGCACAUUUUCCAAGUACCAAAAUAAUAAAGAAUGUUCAUCUUUAAAUGUUUUGAUAUUUAUUUGAAUGUUAGUGUUGGUCAAUGCUGCUGUGAGAAGUGAAGGCUCCCGUAGCAAUGCUCUACUGCAGUGUGACGUGUAAGCUGGAGCAAUAGGUCCGUUAUUUUGCACGUGUGGGAGUCAUUUGUCAGCAUUGAAACACACAGCAUCGUGCCAGAGUAUGGUUGGAUACAGUUACACAUUUAUCUGUUAAAAGGGUUUCUUAUAAGUGAUUUUUUUCCCCCUUUCAUAGGUCGUAUGAUGUAUGAAUUUAACCCUACUGGUUCAGAACUGAAAAUGGUAAGUAUAAUUUUGAAAAUAUAGUAGACCCAUCUUACUUCCGUUCAAGCCAGUGAAUAGAUUUUAUGAGAACUGUGAAAGUAAAGGUUCAUAAAUCAUUGACAAUUGUGGGGUGACAGCACGAAGACUCCCUUUCCCACCAGAUGGAAAGAUAACUCGUGCAGAAAGUGUGGAAAGGUAAAAAUAUAAUUUUUAGUGCAGUAAUCCAUCUUUUCGCUUGGACACAUUUAAACUAAACAGUGGAAAAAGAACAUGGGCUUAAUAUACUUUUAAAACUUAUCCUAAAUAAACUGUGAUUUUUAAUAAUUGUCUUCUACUCAUGAAACACAUAGCAUCGUGCAUUGCUACCACAUUUGCAGCCCAACAUUAUUUACGACUAAAAUAACAAAUUGUGUGUGUAUCUACUUUUUAUAAGCCUUUACUUGAAUAUGACUCUCGCCCAUUAUAAUAUGUACAUAACUUGCAAUUGCUUAUUUGUGUUGCUACUGCUAUUUUACUAUAUUAGUUUUUAUUAUUAAAUUUUUUAUAAUGUAACCUCUCAGAUAUUUACAACAUUUUUACGUGUGUGUAAAUUAAAUAUUGACCCAGCAAAAAAAAAAAAAACCAGUUGUAAAUAUGAAUUACUAGAUACUGCAGUGCUGCUCCAGCCGUGUAGUGACAUGAAGCAACGGUGCUACCUCGGGGCUAGGUGCCUUGUUGAUGGUCAGAUUAUGGUCAAGUGGGGUGCUGAAGUCAUAUUGAUCAAAUAAACAUGCCAAUUAUUAGGACAAGCUGUGUCUUAUGUAUGACUGAAAAUUUUGUGGAGCUUAGCCUGGAACUGAGAAUGAAUUUUUAAGAACCAGGAAAAAAGAAUAACUGGCACAUUAAUAGUUACUUACUAUGUUUUGGCUUACUUUGUGAAAAUUUUUUUGCUUAGGCUGAUACAUAAAAAAAAAAACUAUGAGUAUAAUUGAGUGGCUUAUUUUGUAUUGUAUCUAUUUAUUAGGUAGUAAAAUUUCUAGUUUACAAUUCUCCACCAUGAAAAAUUAGUAUUUCUGAAAUGCUACUUUGCGAGUCAAAACUCAACCAAACAUGUAACACCUAAAGACAGUUUCUUGACAGUUACAGUUAAAAUGUUAAAAACAUCCCGUAUGCUGAACUAAGUUCUCGUUAAUGUAAAAGUCAGUGAAGAUGUGUUUAUGAAUCUACAAGACAUGCAGCUUUUGCCAAUACAGUCUUUACUGUUUACAAGAACAUGUAACAUUGUUUCGUAAUGAAAUACUACCCCAUCAUCAUGUGCUGAUUACAAUAUUACUUACAUAUUAAAAAUAUAUUUUUGUGUUUUUUGUGAGAACAUUUGACUUGUUUCCUAGACUACAAAUCUAUUGUGUUUACCGUCAGUGCUCGUUGUUUUAUUAGCUUCCAGUGGUAAGAAAAUUUUUCUUUUCUGAAUUGGAUUGGUCAAUUAAAGCAGUUUCUGUAAUUUUUAGCACCUGGGAUGUGCCUGAAAAUAACAUCCUACUACCCCAUAGCAUGAGUAAGAAAAAGUUACAGUUUUUGAGUAUUAUGUUGGGAGGAAAUAGUUUUAAAAAAAAUGCAACUGUUUCAUAUAUAAACUAUAUUUUGAUUAGUCUAAAAAUUUAUGAAACAAUUCCAUUGUAGUAAAGGCAGAGGAAAGCAUAGAUGCACAGAGAGAUGUAAGAAUGGAACCUAUGACUAGAUCUGUGUAGAAGGGAAGGGGAGGAGAGCAUACCCGGGGCCUGGCACCAGGUAGUUUACCCUGAGAGUACUAUUCUAUUGCUAAUAGAAUUCAUGGGAAACUGUAAUUUUUACAAUUUAAAAUUAAUUUUUUUUUUAAUUGUGGAGUUUGAAUAAUUGAAUUGGUCAUUUGUUGGAAACCACCUCAUGUCCAUUUUUUUUCGAAAUUGAGUUAGACUAACAAAGUUGAUAGUGAAGUCAAGGAAAAUCCAAUAUGUAUAGAAUACUACAUCUCUAUUACGUAAACACAGUGAUACCUGAUGUUAAACAUUUGUUCAUUUUAGAAACAUCACAUCUCCUGGAAUGUGUUGUUUCUUAAAUGACUUAAUGUGUAGCUGGUGGCAGCACUGCUCUGCCUUAUACUAUGCUAACAUAUAGUAAAAAAGCUGAAAAUGUGUUCAGUUUGUUGUUUGUUCUUGUCACGGUUUGUUUCUGAGUAAAAAUGAGUUAAAGUGAAAGUGAAAUUAGUAAUUUUACAAGUUUAAAAUGUAGAAAAGGUAGAAGCAAGUUGCAUAUGGGUGAAAGAAUAAAAAAGUCACGAGUGAAGAAUGUAGAAUACAAAAAUUGGAAAAGAAAUGUAGUGAAACCAAAAGAACACGGAUUCUAUUGCAGGUAAGUUAACCUAUAAACGUAGUAUAGUCUAAUUUUUUUGCGUAGGAUGUAUGUGCAGUUGGUGUCACCAUUAAAGAAAAGCUUAACUUGUUGACAAUAUUAAAUUAUUAUAAACACUAGACCUACUUUUCAAGGGUUGUCAGUUUAUUAACAGUAACCUACUUUUAAACACUAAAAAAUAUUUUUGAGGAAGUUCUGUUUAACUUUAGCCUAAACAUUCAAAUUCUCUACUACUUUUUCACUUUUAACAUAACUUUUUAAUAUUUUGAUGGCUGUAAUUUAUUUUGAUCUAAUGUUUGUCUGUUUUAGGUGCAGACUGAAAAGUAUCCCAGAGAAAGUUACAGAAGACAAAGCAACUGAAACACAUGCCAAGUUCAUUUAUUUCAAUACAAAAAAUGAUCAAGAUGCUUAUCUCCAGUCAUUGAUUUGAGCGCAAGCCGAUGGAAAGAAAAAGGCGUAAAUUAGACAAUUGUGAAACAUUAAGUCGCAAACCAAAGUCACAUUCUUUUACAUAUUCUGUGUCUACGUCUAGUGGAAAAGUAACGAUAUGUAAACUUGCGUUUCUUUCUGUCCAUGGCAUAUCUUUGGUACAUGUCAAAAGACUGUGCAAACUACUGUCACAAGGCAAGUCACCAAGAGACUCACGAGGGAAUAAUCCUCCGGGUAUGCUAAACCAGGAUAUAUUAUAAAGGCUAUUUACGACCAUCAAGCCUCUUUUCCCCAGAAAGAAGCCCAUUACACCAGUAGGUCUUACAAAUAUUUAAACUCAAACCUGAACAUAAUAAUUAUUUUUUUAAAAAAAAUCCAGAUCUGAGUGUUGACUACAAGUUGUAUUUGAAAAUCUUGCAUGAACAUUUUGAUUUUACUUUUGGGAGACCACAAAUCGAUUCUUGCUGCAAAUGUAAGGAAUUAUCUGUCAAAAUAAAAACUUUUAUUAAUCAGUGUCUACCCACAAAAAUGUCUUCCUAUAAUCAUUAACAAAAUUGAUGACCUCAAAAAACUCAAAAACUAUAUUCCUACAGACAUUGUUAAUGAAUUAUAUUCAAAAAUUUAUGACUGGCCAACUAUUGAAGGGUUGAAACUGAACUAAAGUAAGAAACAAUUAUACUUUGAGUGUGUGUGUGUGUGUGUGUGUGUGUGUGUGUAUAUAUAUAUAUAUAUAUAGUUCAUAAAAUGAAAAAACUAGUUCUCAUUCAUAAUUUAUAUACUUUUAACAGUUAUUUCAUGCCUGAUAACUCUUCAUUAUGUUGGUCAUUUGAGUAAAAACACAUCUCCGACGACUUUAAAUUUUUUACCCAUCCUAAAUUAAAAGAAAAAAAUACCUUAUAUAUACUUAGUUUACCAAACCCCUGUACAUACUUACAUAAAAUCUAAUAUUGAUAUGAUGUGAAAUAAUGUCACAGUGAGGUUUUAUUUAGUUUUCUGAAAGUUUACUUUUGUGAUUAUAUGGUGUUUCUCAAAUGACUGAUUAAAUUGUGCAUUAAGUACACAAAAUGAUUUGCCCCAGACCCUUAGUUCUAUUGAAUGCCAUGCUGACAGUUUCAGGCAGUCGUUAGUUAAGCUGCACGAAGGUAGUUUUUCAGCACGUCUGUUAAAGAGGUUUAUACACCAUUAACGUAUCGCAGUAUCUGACAUCCUGUUGCUGUUUGUCAAAUAUGUAAUUGUAGCACCUUAUUCACUAAGAGUUCACACUGCUAAAUGCCCAAAGCCAAAGGUGUAAAUGUACCACAACCAACCAUCCACACUGCUGUGCACCAGACUGCUGGUUUAACGUGUAUACGGCGAACUAAACGUCUGCACCUCUCCACCUACUUCCUUCGUAGCGCCUGAACAUGGUCCUUUGUGCUAUGAUCAUGAAACCUCUACCAGUGGAAUUUUGCCCAAAUGCACGCAAAAUUCAUAUUUGCAUGUUACUGUUUAUAGAGUUGUGUUUCGGACUAAUGUUCCUGCACAGAAAUUUGCUUUCCAAACAUUCCCUACGGCCCAUUAAAUUUUUGCCCUGUAAUUUCCGAACAACCUGCGUAGGUAAUGUACAUAAUUCCAAAAUCAAUAUAGCUUUUAAAUAUGACAAGUAUCGAAUGGCAUGUGAAAAAGUCACUUGAAAUAUGCUCAAUAAAUGUUCAAGAUCAGGACAAUGUCUCAGGGAAAAAGUAAACAAUACUUCCUCUUCUGUAUGUGGAGCUCGUACACACGAAUAAGUGAGUUGCACGUGGGAUGUGACCUUCGUAGCGAUACUAGUUUAGUGUCGGUCAACAAUUGUUUGUCACAAAAUAAAAUGCAAUACAUUUUUUAAUUGAAAAAAAUUUUGUAUUGUAAAUUAUAUAAAAAAAUUUUAAAAUACAUGUUUGAGCUGAAUUGAGGGGAAAUUAAUUUUGAUGUGAAGGUGGGAGAAACAUAUAAAAAACUGGAUAUAAAAAUGGUUUACUGAGAAAUGUUUGCUAGCAUCUGACUUUCACCCAGCAAAGUGAAAUAAUAAGUGUGCCAAGAAUAAUUGUGUUUGUUUAGGCAGAUAUGGCAUAUGCACCUUAGAAUUAAAUUAUUAAAAUAUUAAAAGUAGCUAUUUCAUGCAGUUUUACGGAUCCAUAUUAAUCAAUUAGACUUACAAAAUAUCUACUUAAAAUUUUUCAACUCAAAAUAUUGUGUAACCAAUCAAGAAUGUCUUAUAUUUAACAGUACACAACCAGACAUGUAUGUCAUUCACAUAACAGUCUCAGCACACCACUUGGAUGUCACAAGUACCAACAUAAUUACUCUUACAAUUAAUCUCGUGUCCACAUACACUUGCUGCAUCAACACCAUCCAUUUAAGGUUUGUCCAGUUAAAGGUCUUCCUUUGCAUGCAAACACUUUUUCUAGGAACAGGAAAUUCGUUCACCCGAGACAGAAAUCGCGAUUCAGCUGACAGGCUGUGCCUCAGUCUCUGCUGGUGUAGGUUUCAGCAGCAUGUUUGGACUCUCACCUUGGGUUCAUUGUGUCAUAACAGUCAGGUGUCUUUUCUCUGUAGAUGUUGCCUAGCUCAAGGUCAGUCAGCACCUAUGUCAAUGGAAUAUGUGUGCAUUUGUGUGUGUGUGUGGGGGGGGGGGUGUUUCCCCUUUCAGUUACAACAACACUGAAUGCUAUCAGUGGGCCUAUUCUAUGAUGUUUUUAAAUUGUGUCAUUCUUUUAGUUUUUUAUAUAGGAUCCAGUGAAACUCGAGAGCAGGAAAUAAAGAAAGUGUAUUUUGUCAGGAUGCUCACUUGCCAUGACGUCCCGACACCAGCCGGGGGAAGCUGGGGCUGUGAUUCGUUCUUGUCUUCUCUUGUUGUUUGAGACUUGUCUGUGAUGGACGCAUGCCUGUUCUUUGUCUGCACAUCACAGAAAGGCAAUCAUCAGUUUUCUCAUUUCAUCUCCAUACUUCAUGGUGGAUUGUUUUUACAAUUAAAUACCUUAUCACUGUAUUGUAAUUUUGCAAACAUUGGUGGAUUGGCACUAAACUGCAAUGCAUUGAGUGUGCACAUCAUGUGAUCAGAAAAUCUAAAUAGAUUUUGAGAAUAUGGAGGGAAAAAAAAGAAACAAUUAACUCCUGUAAAUUUAAAAAAAAUAUAUCCUUAACACAGCUAACAAAUUUCUGUGCAUUUAAAGUGCUGUCAGCUUGCUAAAUUUAGAGAAAGUUUAAUUUUAUACAGUGGGCUCUGAUUUUGGAUGAUAGAAUUAGCACAUCCAAGUUUUCUAAAGACUACGGUGAGUGUUUUUGUACACAUUGCAUCUUAUUGAGGUCUAGAUUAAUUGGCCAGUUAUUGGAUAAAUACUAAAAAAAAAAAAUUAGUUCUAUUUAAAUUUCAGUGCUGUUUCUUAAUAGUCAGUUAUUUUUUUCAUAUGUGUUUUAUUCAGCAAAAAUUUCCUCGUGUUUUGAAUAAAAAAAAUUUUACUUGCUCUCUUGCAUUUCUACCUGAUGGUUGUUUGACUGUGACACUAGUCAGUGCUUCAGUGCCGUGUGUUGUGACUCCGAUUCGAGGCGGCUGUUGUACCGUCAUGUGCUGACUUCUGCUUCACUCGAUUAACAACUUCGAACCUGCUUGCGGCCAACUUGGAGUCCACUCAAGUGCAAUCUUGGCUGUCGUGUUGCCUUAAGGCUCAGCCCGACCUGCCAUGUUUGAUUCCUGGUGUUUGUCAUAUGCAGGUUGUCCUCAAGGAAUAUUUACUCAAUGAGAAUAUAAAAGUAAUAUUAUCUGUAUGACCCAGCUGUGAAAAUACAUUUGCACCGUGACAUUAAAUGUGCAGGAAUUUCUCUAAAACAAAAGGGAUGGCAUAUCAAAUACAGUAAACCAACAUGAUAGGCAAUAGCCAACUCACACAAUUAAAUUUUGCUUUAAAUUACAUAUAAUUUAUUCCAAAUCCAAUCUUUUAAAGACACAUGAUCUCACUAAUACAAAAUCAUAAUCUUGGUCAUUUUUCAAGGGAUUGAAUGUUCUGAGUUUCAUAAGAGAUUUUGUUAGCUAUCUGAAAGAAAUAUAUGAUUAAAAAUAUUUGAAAAAAAAAAAAAAAUAUUUUUGAGAAAGGAAGGUUCAGAAAUUCAGAAACUCGGAGACUAGCAUCUGUGUAGUAGACAAGGACUGUAUUAUUUAUCUCUGCAGAAGCUAACAAAAAAAGUUUGUGUUUGCUACAAUCUAUAGCGUUCUGGUGGUCUAAGAAUUUUUUUUUAAACAUUUCAGGAAACAUAUUUGACAUCAUAAUGAAUGAUUCAUAGCCUACUCAUGUAAUAAUAUUUAAAUAAAAUGGGUUCAAUGUUUCUUCAAAUCUAACUUGCUGUGUUUUUCCUCAUCUAUUAAUUAUUUUUGACUCUUGGGAUCUAGAUUCUGGUUGGAGGCAUUCUUUUAAGAAUCAUAGUCGAGAUUUGUGUUUGAGAGAGAGUGGAUUCCUUUAAUGGAAUUUUUUUUACACAAUUUAGAAUCACUUUACUAUUUUGUUAGGCAAUCAUAUGCAUUCUGUAAAAUAAUUAAUUUACAGAAAUUUUUAAGCUAUGUUUGGUAAAAUAGAAGAAAAUGGUAAACUGAAAAUGCUAGUGUAAAAUUUUUGAAUUCUGGGAUAUUACUUGAAAGGCCCUUUAAUAAAUGAGUUCAAUCUUAUUGAAUUCAACCUUUGAAGUUUUUGAAAUGUAGCAAAUUCAAUGGUUGGAAUUAAUAAAUCUUUGUUUUUAAAUGUGUUUCGGUGAAGCUUUAAUCUCUUCUGUAUGUAGCCUUGCAAAGUGUAACAAUAACUUUCACUUCUAUUUUUCAUGGAUGUUGUACACUAAUUUCGUAUUUUGCAUAAUUAAGAACUGUGCGGUUUUUAGUCUAAAAAAAAUCCUUUUGAAACCAGAAUACUUUUUUUAUUUUUGAUUUGUAAUUUUUCGUAUACAUAUUUUGAAAUUAUGUAAAAAUUAAAAUGUGUCAAAUCUAUUUGAUCCCUGUCAUGCUUAAGUAAAGGCAAUGCUUAUAAAGUAUAUACAUAUAUGUGUAUAUAUAUCUGUUUGUGUGUAUGUAUGUGUAUGUGUGUAUAUAUAUGUGUGUAUUUAUAUAUACACACAUACAUACAUACAUGAUACUAUUUCUGAGGAAUUAAUUAAAUAAUUAAUAGAUAGCAUUUUUAUUGCAUUCAGGUUCAUUGAGAUACUAAAUAAGUUAAAGGAAAAAAAAAAUUUUAAUCUUACAACCACUAACUUUCGUAAAUUUUUAGUUAACAUUCAGUGUGAAUUUACUGUACAAAUGUCCAGUAUUUUUUUAGUUUGUAUGUCUAUGUAAGACUGAUUUAAUAUCAGUGGUUAAUGAAAAUGUUAAAAACUAAUUAUUUUGAUUUUCUUUUUAAAUUUCAAUGGCAGCACAGAUCAUACACAACUAUACAGAAAUUUUGCUUCAAUUGAGGUCCAAUAAUUAUUUAAUUCAAUUCUUUGACUGCCAUAUGACAUCACCAUAAUGUCAUAUCUGCGGUCGUUUUGCUAUUCAAGGGAUUGUUUUCAAAUAUAUUCUAAAUUUAUAUGUUCUAAAUUUCUUGGAUGAAAUUUUUUCAGCUAUUUAGAUUAACUAGAGCUUUCACAGAAAUUGUUUUUAUACAGAAAACCAUUAUAUAAUUUUGUAAAAUGCAUGCAAAUAGCAACCUCAAAUUGUGAAGCUACAAAAAAAAGGCAUUUUUUUAUGGUGAACAUAUUGUUUUAAUGCAAUGAUCUUAAAAAAAAUUAAUAAACCAAUAAAAAAUUAACUUGUGAUGAAUAAUAUAUAUGUUAUAUAAUUUAACAAAAUAUCUAAAACAAUUCAAAUACCUUAGCAUCUGAAAUUGCCUUAAAUUCACACUUUAAUUUUCAUUGAAUCCAAUCUUAAAUGUUUCUGCGAAUUGAAAAGAUUGAAAUCAAUUAUAUCCAAUCGAUAAUUGAUGGUUUUAAAAAGUUUUUAUUUGUGAUUGUUCGUUCAGCGGCUACUUGAAGCUGGUAAUAAAUUUGUCCUGUGCUCAACUCUCAUUCCCAAUGUUUCUCGUGCUGUCAUACUGUGUAUAUUGUAACGCAGAGGGGCGGAACAGUUAUUGAAUAAAUUUACUUUUAAGUAGAUGUGAAAAUAAUUCUAAGAAGUCCAGUUAAAAUGUAACUUGGGGUUUAAGGUCUUACUUCAGCACAAUUUCCAUUAAGUUAUUAAAAUAUGAAGGCAACAUAAUCUCAGAAUUUAGCAUUCACUUGUUUGAGCAAAAAUAGCUGCAAGAGAUAAAAUAGUAUGACUGGAUCCUAAGUUUCAUGGUCUUAUACAAAAUGUUUUCUGGGGAAAUUUUAAAUUUAUCAAACCAAUGGACUGAAUUUAAGUAAUAAUAACCUAACACUAAUUUUAAAAAGAUUACACAUUUAUUAUAGAAAUUCUAAAAUCAGUCUUUACAAAUUAAAGUUAAAAGUCAGAAUAAAAUAUAGUUAUACACAAGCUUGUUAUAACUCAGGCCUAAAGAUGACCUGGCUUGAAAGUUUACAAAAACACUUAAAAAAGUAACUUCUGAAAUUAAUCGCCAAAAAUGUUUGUAGAUGUUUUAAAUUCAGUGUUAAAUGUGAAUUUAGUUGGGCAGUCUGUUGAAGAAGAUUAGUAGAACUUUUGGUGGAUAUAUUUUAUUUACUUCUCACACAGAAACACAAUGUUCUCUGCCAUUACAUAAUGCUCACAAAUAGUACACACAGUUUCCAUAGCAACGCACUCAAAUUUUCUCUGCUAGAAAAGUGAAUGUUUAUUUAUUUUUAUAAUGCCAAAAAAUAGUUAAUCACAUAAAUUACAUCUCGCAAAUAAGUUCCGAAGUCACUUGGCGUCGAUUGUAGACGUCAGGUCCAACGAGUCCUUGUAAUGAUGGCUAAAAAUUUCUAAAGCCCCAUCGUGGACAGCUGUGGUUGCUGAAAUUCUUGUGAAAAGUUCCGAAAAGAGGUUACGGCAGCAAAAUUCACACUUAAUACAUAAUUAUUUUAUGGCGUGAACCACUCCAAACAUGAUCUACUCAGUCCACAUGGUGCAGAGAACUUCUGAGAUGAUACAAAUGUCUCCAUCCUCAUAGGGAGGUGGGAACCAUGUGACCUCACCGACCAAUCACAACACUGCUCUCACAAAGCAACCAAUCACAACACAUUUCACUGCCAAAGUACUUCCAGAAGUCCUUGCAUAUUUCACAGAAUUAUAUAUUUUUUCUUACUGUCUGUCUAUAGUAAUAUGAUAAACACUGUAAGAGAUGCACAAGUUUUAUGUUUCCCAUCAUAAGACUAUGUACAGCACACCAGAAUGUCUCUGUAACCAAUAAACACUGUCUGCACCAGAGUGCCAUACAUGUGUCCUUCCUUUCCCCUAAAUAAAACAUAGUGUUCAAGAAAAAUAAUGAAAGCUUUUAAACAAACACAAGCUAAAUAUACAGGAAUAAAAACCAUAUUGGCAGUAAAUAAAAUACUGAAAACUGCAUUUUUACAAAUAGCACCGUAGCAAACUAAGUGAAAAAUAAAAAUUAGUUAAAACAUAGUUAAACAGCUUUUUUCUAAAUAAAAUCUCCAAACACAAAAAGAAUUACAAGAUUAUUUAUAAUGACAAAAUGCAAAUAUGGAAAAAUAGGUGACUGUGGCCCUGAAGGUAUACAACCAGCUGAUUCGCUGGAAUGACUAAAACCAUAAUAUUAAUUCCUCUCAAAAAGUACUUAUAAAACUGAGGAGGGGGGGGGGGGGCAGGGACCUGAAUUGCUACAAGCUAUGACUUGCAGAUUUUAAAAGUGCUCCAAGACAAUCCAAUAGAGGGAGCCUCACUCCUUUAUCCUAACCAUUAUGACUCAAUAUUUAAAAUUAUCUUAAACCUUAUUUAUUAAUUCUCCUUAGAUGUGACUUUUCAGAACUCAUGAUUUUCAUGAAGAUAAAAUAUUGUCCCUAGCCAUGACUUGAACAUUAAACUUGGGCCUCUCCUGCCCUUGGUGCCUUAACAGCACCACCCCUCCGAGUGAGCGCUGUUGAACCACUCAACCCCACUUAAGGAGCCUCUACCACAUGUUCCAGAUCGUUUCGGCUCCGCUCCGCACCGCCUAAAUUUCAAAACCAAGGUCCGGGCGAGCUUGAGUUGGUCCCCGUUUUGUCUGUGGCACACGAGCGUAGCCCAGGCUACUUACACCAUAGCAUGAUGGCAGCACCAGGCACACAGCUGUGGUAUUGCCACACGUAAAAAUGUGGUUGUGUUAUCACAACAAACACAAGGAACACUUAAAUUUAAAUAAGACGCUACUGAAAAAUUCUGAAGCAUAACAUUAUAUGCCAGUUUUAAUCAUCAUUUUUAUUGCAAAUAAUUUUUUGCAAUAGAUAAACUUUUUACUUUAAAGAAUUUUGUAACACAUAUAAUAAAUAAAUAAAUAAAUAAAUAAUACAUAUAUAAAUAAAUGUGAUUUUUAUUUAGCUAUCAUAAUGCUACUGUUAAAGAAUGCUAUAAACUCUUGAUUGUGCAUGGUCAUGGCUGGUUCAAAUUUGUUUGUAUUUUAAUUCUUAAAAUCACUGUCUUCAACUAUGUAAAUAACUACUAGGUAAAUAAUUGAUAUUUAUAUUAUUUUUUAUAUACAUUGCUCUCAAGUAAAAUAAGUUUGUACGCAUGUGAACUGAAAAAUGUGACAAGAAUUAUUGUAUGAAGCAGCUGCUUCCUUCAUUAUUGGUUUUGUAAAAUAACAUUACUAUUAACAUUUAAUGAAAUUUUAAUUUUUUUGGCAACAAUCCUCUGAAUGCCCAAUUUUUUAAUGUCGGAGUAACAGUGGCACUACGCAUUAUGCAAAGAGGCAGAGUUACAAUGAUUAAGUGUGAAUUAGCCUAAAUAUUACUGUAUUUUUUACAUUUGAACAUGCAUAAUCAGGUGUUUACUAGAAAUUAUUUUCAAAGUGCAUUUUUUUUCAAGUGAAAGGUUUGUCUAGCAUUAUUAAAUCACUCAAAAGUAUUUUUUUUUUUUUUCAUGUUUUCCAGUGGGUUAAAUUUCACAUUUCACGGGUUUAUUUUCAUAAAGAUUUUUUGGAGAGUACCAACAACUCUUAGCUGUAUAUUUUAUUUAUAUAGAGAUUGUAUUAUAACUUACUUGAAUAUCAUUGUACUGUAUAUUUAUUUGUCUUUGGUAUUCCCGUAUAAACUAUCAACAUUGUCACUCUCUUAUCGGGCAUGGCUGUGGUUCUGAACAAGCCGGAUGUAAAGACAUUUUAGUGUAUUAUGUGCUUUGUGAUGUAACUAGUUUGGAACUGAUAUACAUUACAUCAAGGGUAUCCAUGAUGGAACUAAAAACAUUGAUAUAAAUUUAAAAUAUGGGCCUUGGAAAUAUUUGUUUGAGCUUAAUGUGUUUUUUUUAUUUCUUGUAAAAUAAAUUACUUUGGCGAAAGGUUUUUUUUUGUAAUUUUAAGGAAAUCUUUGCUUGCAAAAUUCCUAAUGGCUUGUUGAUGAAAUGUGUACUUAAAUGCUUUCCACGCCCAAGGUUUGGUAAAUAAAUGCUAACUAUCUGACAGGAAUGUUUAAAAUACUAACACAUGAUUAUUAUUCACAUGCUAUAAUUUUAUAUGCCCAGGUAAUGUGAUUAUUAAUUAAAUACAGCACUAUACUAAUGACCACACCUUGGUUGUGGGAGAUGUAAAAAUAUCAUAGAAUCAUUAUAAGCAUAUUUAUCCAUGUACUGAAGUUAACAAAAACAAAGCUCGUAGUCUGUCAGUCAUCAGAGGUCCUGCCCAGGACAGUUCAAGAGGUGCCUGUGCUGCUUGUAAUGUUGGUGGAAUCAGGACAGCCACUUCUGUCUAUACGUUAAAUUUGCAGGGAGUCAUCAUUGCUGUGAAGUAAUGUCUGUGAGCAACCUUUGUUUGCUGGGGUUCUGGUUUCCCCCACUGAGUACUACAUCUGAGUGUGUAAAAUAGAACUCAAAAUGGUGCAGUUUUUGAAAAUCAUGUUAUCCUUUUCCUCCUGGCUCAUUACCUUGGCAGAGUGCCUCCCGCCUUGGAGUUGUUAGUUUCAGUGCAGCGCACCAGUGCUGGCAAACCAGAACUUGCACAUCGGGACAGGAACUUAACUACACAUUUUCAGUCCAAUUGUAUGGGUUUUUUAGAGUCUUAGCAGGUUGUAGCAAACCUUAAUAUUUUAAUAAGGAAAAAUCAAAAUCAUGUUUGAAGCUACAAUUAUUGUGUUCAAGUUUACUUAUAAAGUUAUAAUUUAUAUGUAGAACAAUGGAAAUGUUUGCUUGCAAAAGAUCUUAUUGGUUAUGACAACUUAUUUAGUAGAGAUGAUUUUUUUACAUGAUUUAGAGAUUAGAGAACAUCUAUACAGUGUUGUGGGACUUGUUUUUCUGUUUUGAAUGUCGUUUUGCUCUGCUCUCAAGAUGAAGAUUAUUGUAGCCAGACGUCACCAGUGGCCACACAAAGGACAAAUGCGUCCUCAGAAAAUAUUAGUGUUCUUUGACUCGAUUGAAAUGUUCAUCAAACAACAAAUUUUUUAACUGAAAGCGUUCUUGUAAAAAAUAAUAUAAUCUUUCUCAAACAACUUACACCAGAAAAAAUGUGCAUAGUUUAUUUUUUAUUAUGUGAAUAAAAUAUAUUAGCAAUAAAAUUUGUUACAAAUUA